CUCGCCACCACCUCUACCCUCGCCUCCUCUCUCAGACAAGCAGCUAACACUUCGCAUCAUGUUCGAUAUGCCUCCACGUCAGAGAGAUCUCUGCCAUCGACUUCCAUGGCACACCACAAGCACCCAUUUCGAGGAGGUCAAAAUCUCUCUGACCGAUACAAACGCUUGGAGAAGAGCCUUCGAGGGAAGAUGGACAGGACAGAGGCUAUGGCCCAUGAUCACGAACAUGCGCAGACUGAUGACUUAACAUCCCCGACGCCUGUGCAGGGUGCUGCUCUGGGUGACACAUUCAGAGGGCUCGUAAUCCCUAAGGAGCCAAGACCACCUGAAUCGGAUGAAUGUUGCAUGUCUGGUUGUGCCGUAUGUGUCUACGACCUGUACGAUGAAUCCCUGACUCAAUAUCGGGAAGCCGUUCAAACCCUACGCACCUCAUUGGCCGCCAUGAACGUACCCGAGCACGAGUGGCCCGAACACAUACGAACGAAGUCCAAGAAGACUAAGCCAGUCAUCCCCACGCAGAAGACUGUCAGCGUCGAUGCCUUUGAAGAGAUGGAGAGGAAUUUGAGGCAGAAGAAGGAGCGCGAGCUGGAUUUGUCAGCAUCGACGAAGACAGAAAGUACAGCGGAGUCCCGGAGUUAGUGCAUAGUUGCAUUCCUUAGGCGGCUGGAGGCAUGCUGAUGGGAACGUUAGAUGUCCCGUACGAGCUCGCUCCUGUGACUGCGUCAGACGAUGAGACAACUGAGGUGGCGAGGAGAGCAAUCAAGCCAGAGGUAAGGCGAAGGAGGAAGAAGAAGCGAGAAAAGCUGGAUUGGGCAUCAGUGUACGAAGGCUUACGCUGGGUAUUAUUCGCUCGGCGGUGACGAAGGUUAGACAAAAGUUCCUACUUAUUACUCGUGCGUUGUACUUACCAUUGACGUCUGAUUGACUUACCGGUACAGUCUCCGGUGUAUAUCCACACCACUAUAUAUCCACUCCUGGCUACUUCACGCAGCAUCACGCUCCCGUUUCGUGAAAUGUAAACUUAGG